AUGCUGUCCUGCUCUGACGAUGUCCGUCACAUGACGGAGGAAAACUCAGCAAGGAUUCGAAGGGGUCGCAGGGCGGUACGCCGAGAACCUCUUCGCACAAAUCUACAACCACUGCUCCAAGGCAACCCCCCACAGCCUCCGGUGGAACCAACUUACGAAUCCAUUCCACUCGCCUCUCCAAACGAGAUCAUAAGACGUCGAGAUAGUUUGCGGCCUCCCGAUGGAGUGCUUGACUUGCAUCCAACGAUAGUGGCAGUUGAUGAUUACGAUGAUGAUGGCGAAGAGCCGAUAUAUCCUUACGGCAAGCACAAAUGA